CCCUCCCCUAGCCUCACUCCCCCUCCCUUCAACCUCAAUGACAAGCCCCUCCAGGAACAACUUCUUGAGCCAGAGCCAGCCUUCUGCAGCCGAACCUACCAGGCAUGCAACACCUCCAUCUACCACCUCAUCUCCGCGACGUUUUCCUUGCCUCUACUGUCGACGGGUCUUCGACACCUACCAAGCUCUCGGCGGCCAUCAGAACGCUCACAAGCGCAAGCGAGGCGCUCGUCCCAGAAACUUUCCGGCAGCCAACCAGCAGCAAUUCCACCCACUUCCUCAGUUUCCACCGACCAGCAGCAAUACCACCCACUUCCUCAGUUGCCCGCUGCUGGCCGGAACUAUCCUGCCGCCGACCAGCAGCAAUACCACCCACUUUCUCAGCUCCCCGCUGCUCACGGAAACUGUCCGGCCGCCAACCAGCAACAAUAUCACCCACUUCCUCAGUUCCACGCUGCUUCCCGAAACCAUCCGGCCUGCCGACCAGCAGCAAUACCACCCACUUCCUCAGUUCCCCACUGAUCAACAGCAACAACACAUCUCUUCCAUAUUUAUUCCCCACUUCCCAAGCGUGGACCAACAGGCAGGUGCAGCAGUGUCUGUUGAGAAGUGGUUGGAACCCUGCCAGCCGCAACCGCAGCAGCAGGAGCACCCUCCUUCCAGCUCGGUCCCUCGGAGCUUUCUGGGCGUUUCAACUGUCGACGCUCUCUCCACAACUACUGAUGUGGAUGAUUCUGCGAAUAUUGACCUCACCCUCCGCCUGUGAAGUGCCUUAAACUGAAUAGUGAUGAACAUGACUAUGGAUCACCACCAUGAGAUCCAUGUCUGUAAGUAAGAAACACUGUUCGUGUUG